AUUGAGUUUCACUCCUGAGGCUUGAGAUUUUUCUCUUUCUCUCUCUGUCGUGCUUUUGCUCUUUGUUUACGGGAUUGGACAGAUGAAUGCACUGAUGGAGCCCUAGCAAGCAAGAUGUUUGCCUAGUGGAUUUGGGAUUCUGCCUUCAGUGCUGAGCAACCACUUCUUGCCAUUGCCUACCACAGCUCCAGCCCCCUGACAUGGCUGGGCUCUUACGGCUCUGGGCCCUCUGAGCACACAACCUGCCCUCUUCUAGUGGGGCAUUUUACGUUGUGUUCUCUUGUAAGCACGUCCUUUUUGCUAUCCUUAGAGGUUAGUGUACGAGGCUUUUUAAUCCAUGGGAGAUGGGUCAGGACCAGACAAAGCAGCAGAUAGAGAAAGGACUCCAUCUUUACCAAUCUAAUCAGACCGAAAAGGCCCUGCGAGUCUGGAUGAGGGUUUUGGAGAAGUCUGCGGAUCCUGCUGGCAGGUUUCGGGUUUUGGGUUGCCUCAUCACUGCUCACGCAGAGAUGGGCAGAUACAAAGACAUGCUGAAGAAAAUACCAGCUAUUGCGUGCAUGUUCUGGACUGCUGUGAUCACGGUGCUCACCAAGAGCUCCAGCCCACAAGAUAGACAGAAUCUGAUUUUUCACUGGAUCUGGUUCAUCAGGAUUCCUGGGUUAUUGAAGUUCUUCAGUUAUUCAUGGGAAGCUGUCUUGAUUAUUUCCCACAUACAGGCAAACCACGUUAUCAGGCUUCAAGAAAAGUUUGCAGUGGUCCAGAUUGACACAGCACGGGAGCUGGAAGACCCAGAUUUCCUUACAGAGAGCUACCUAAACCUGGCUCGCAGCAAUGAGAAACUUUGUGAAUUCCAGAAAACCAUCUCUUACUGUAAGACAUGCCUGAACAUGCAGGGUACCACUGUGAGCAUGCAGCUGAAUGGCCAGGUGAGCCUCAGCAUGGGCAACGCCUUCUUGGGCCUCAGCAUUUUCCAGAAGGCUUUGGAGUGCUUUGAGAAAGCUUUACGCUACGCACACAACAACGAUGACAAGAUGCUGGAGUGUCGAGUCUGCUGCAGCCUGGGGAACUUCUACACCCAGAUAAAGGACUACGAGAAAGCCUUGUUUUUCCCGUGUAAAGCUGCUGAGCUGGUGAAUGACUACGGGAAGGGCUGGAGCCUGAAGUACCGUGCCAUGAGCCAGUACCACAUGGCCGUGGCCUAUCGGAAGCUGGGGCGCCUGGCAGACGCCAUGGAUUGCUGUGAGGAGUCCAUGAAGAUUGCCCUGCAGCAUGGUGACCGGCCACUGCAAGCACUGUGUCUGCUCUGCUUUGCAGAUAUCCAUCGCAGCCGCAGGGACGUGCAGACAGCCUUCCCUCGGUAUGAUUCUUCCAUGAGCAUCAUGACAGAGAUUGGGAACCGCCUGGGCCUGAUCCAGGUGCUGCUAGGAGUGACUAAGUGCUGGAUGAUUCAAAAGGAGCUGGACAAGGCUCUGGAAAGCAUUGAAAAGGCACAGGAGCUGGCAGAGGGACUAGGGAACAAGCUCGGGCUGCUGAAGCUCCACUGCCUGUGUGAAAGGAUCUAUCGCACGAAGGAGCAGCAGCAAGAAUUGCGUGACCAUGUGGUGAAGUUCCAUGAAUGUGUGGAGGAGAUGGAGCUGUACUGUGGCAUGUGUGGAGAGUCCAUUGGGGAGAAGAACAACCAGCUCCAGGCACUACCUUGCUCCCACUUCUUCCACUUGAAGUGCCUCCAGACCAACGGGACCCGCGGCUGCCCCAACUGCCGCCGCUUGUCGGUGAAGCCCGGCUACGUCUGACCGCCCGCGGGCUCGGCCGCGACUGACGGAGCCGCUCCCGGGCCCCAAGGCUGUGCCUGGCGGGGCCGCCUCGGCCCGCCCUGCGCGGGACCGGCCCGCGGCUCGGCCCCGUUCCCUUCCCCCGCUCCGCUGUGUACGGGCACUGGCUGUAAUAAAGGGUUUCUCCG